AUGGAUGAAUUCCAGGAUCAGUUUGCGGAAUUACAAAAAGAGAUAAAAGCUCUUCGUGGGAAAGAACUGUUUGGCAGAGAUGUAAAUGAUAUGUGUUUGGUUCCAGACGUAAGGAUGCCAGCAAAAUUUAAACUACCAGAAUUUGAAAAGUACAAAGGAAGUUCUUGUCCACAGACCCAUUUGGUUAUGUACGUGCGAAAGAUGUCAAUGUACACCAACGACCAAAGGAUGCUCAUUCAUUGUUUUCAAGACAACCUUACCGGUGCAGCUUUACGCUGGUAUAUGGGAUUAGACAACCGAGAUCAGUUGAGGUCCAUGCAACAAAGAGAAAAGGAGACAUUCCGUGAAUACGCGCAAAGGUGGCGCGAAAUUGCAGCACAGGUUGUUCCACCUAUGGAAGAAAAGGAGAUGACGAAAGUGUUCUUAAAGACUCUUGAUACUUUUUAUUACGAGAGGAUGAUUGCAAGCGCUCCUACAGACUUUACUGACAUGGUAAACAUGGGAGUCCGUUUAGAGGAAGCAGUUCGAGAAGGGCGUCUAGUCAGAGAAGGAAGUUCAUCUUCAAGCGGGGCAAAGAGGUACGGCGGUUUUAUGAAAAAGAAGGAACAAGAAACUAAUGUUGUGUCCUAUAAUCAUCCAAGAAGGAUCAAUUAUCCUUACCAUCCCCAACACCAACAUAUAGCAGCCGUGACUCCAGUAAUCACUUCCGCUCCAGUUCAAGUCCAAUACCCUCAGCAGCGUACCAACCGCUUCCAACAGAAUACUCAGUAUCAGCAACAACAUCAACCUCAACAACAUCAACAUCAGUUACAACAACGUCCACCACAACAGCAAAGAAGAACCAAUUUUGAUCCAAUUCCAAUGUCAUAUGCAGAAUUGUGUCCAGCUUUGAUCACUAAAAACCUUGUGCAACCACGACCACGACCUCCUGUACCAGAAGUGCUACCUUGGUGGUACAAGCCAGAGGUAUCUUGUCCCUUUCAUCAGAAUGCUCCAGGUCAUGACUUAGACAACUGUUUUGCUUUAAAGUUGGAAGUACAGAAGUUGACAAGAGCAGGUAUCCUGACCUUCAAGAGCAUGGGUCCCAAUGUGAAGGACAAUCCAAUGCCAAGUCAUGGUCCUUCAUCAGUGAACAAUAUAGAAGUUUGUCUCAAUGAACAACGUGUUACGAAGAUAGAGGAGAUUCGGCAGUCUUUGGUUGAAAUUCAUUCUGUUUUAUGUGCUCAUGGUCUAUUCCAACAUGACCACCAGAUCUGUGGUACAUGUUCAGUCAAUUCAAGAGGUUGUAGAAAGAUUCAAGAUGAUUUGCAAGGCGUCCUUGAUCAGGGUUUGAUUCAGAUUUCUAGACAAGUGAGUUCUCCAAAUCACAAGAACAAGAGGUGA